ACACUGAGCACCAACUCAUAGCAUUUCUCAUAGCGAGUAUUGAAUGGCAUCCAUAUUUACUAGGCAGUUUCUUGGUAUUAGACCAGCUCUAUGUCAUCAAUCCUACUUCGUCCAACCAGCCAAAGGGUCUUUCAAUGCUUUUCGAACCUCCCUCAACAUCAAUACCCUCCGAGUUAGGAGUAUCACAAACGCUAGUAUUCAUUAUACAGUGAGAAACUCGACACGUAAAGGCUACUUUCCAUCGCUCUUGGCCGCUGUUGGGAUUGGCGGCGCUGCGCUUGGUUUUGCGGGGUUGACAGCAUCUCCAAUUUACUGCGAAGCUCCUACACAACCCACAUCACGCCAAAAUUCACUUCCUCCAACAUUUACACCGCCACCAGCCUCAAAUGUAAAUCUCUACGAGCUGUCUUUCGGUACGUUGUGUGGGCUAUGCGCUGGUGUCUUCAUCAAGAAGGGUGCCAAAGCGGUCGCAUUUUUCUUGGGUGGCGUAUUCGUCCUUCUCCAGUAUCUUGGUUCCGCGUCUCUCGUACGUGUCGACUGGGCACGCAUGGGCGCACGCUUUGAAAAUCUAUUCUACACCAAAGACGUCACUGGCCAAAAAAGGGCACCCACCGUUUACUCACUGUGGAGAUGGCUAGUUGACUUUUUAACUGCUGAUUUCCAACCAAGGGCAUCGUUCCUGGCUGGAUUUGCUCUUGGGCUCAGAAUUGGCUGAUUAUCUAUUCCAUCAUUAAAAAUCUAGCUUUACAUGAAAUAUGAUAGAGGCUGUUGCUUCCUACGAUCAAUGCAUCGUCAUUGUGAAGGUCAUUCAGAAAGGCUGGUUAACAAGUCAAGCCUGAUACGGUAUCAGAUCCUAUGUCGCAUUCACAUAUUAUUCCUUGCCCCAGGUAUUUUUAUGUGCUAAUUUCGUACCUGUAUAGAACCAGAAACAAACUGCCACCAUCACAUAUACGACUGUUGAAUUAUCAAGUAAA